GGGAAGUGCUUCUGCGCAUGCGCCAAACGCAGAGUUUCUGUUGCCAGCUGCCGUUAGUCCAGUUGACUACCCAUGGUGAUGUGGAGGAAAUAACGGUGACUUGUUUAACUGCGUUGGAUGGAAAAUGGCGAGACGAAACAAGCUGUUUAUUUAAAGGCAGUUAAGUAAUGUGACUGAGUGUGCCGCACCUUUAAAAGGUGUUGAAUUACUUUGCUUUGUUUUGACUGAACGGACAGAGCAACAGAAAGCUAGCGUCAGGCAAGGGAGGCUAGCUACCGUUAGCAAGCAGCGCUCGGCGUAACAGACGCUCAGCUACCGACACCUGCCAGGUUUCGUUAAAAAGGGGUCAAGUUUCCACCGUUUAAACAAUAAUGCAGAGAUAGAAGUGACCCCUGACUCUCUAUUGACUGUGAACGCUCGGACAACCAACUUAUUGUGCUCCUGGAAGGUUUGCCAACGACCUGAGAUGAUGAUGAGCUAAACUGAUGCUUUGAUUCAGACCAGCGCAGAUCAAACAGCUGCAGAGGAGGUGAGUAAAGUAGGAGGAUGGAGUCAUGAUGGACUCCAAACAAAAACGCCAUUUUCUUAUUAACUGUGACACUAACAGGCAGCGUUGUAAGAUCAACACAAGCAAUAUUAUGGUAAAAUUUGCAAUAAUGUUAAAUAUGAUGCCACUCCUUCGCCAGAAUGAAAAUUUAGCACCUCACGUUUUAUUUCCUGACGCUUCAAUCAAAUCCCAGAAAUCUGCAGCCUCUUAAUUUGUUGUUUUCUUCGCCAGAUACCCUCAGAUCAAUUGGAAUAAUGUGUGGUCACUGUGAAAUAGCCCUGUGGUCCUGAGUGCCUCAGAGUGAACACAACCUCAAUGACUGUGGGAUGCUUCACAGUCAUUUUCGAGCAGCUCUCCUGGCCUCAGGACUUAUGAUGGCCUAUCACAAAGACUGCUGAUUCAAUUGAGGUCAAAGUACAAUACGUGUUUUGAAACCUAUCCAUGGGUUCAGUCAGCAGGAUUGAUGAGCAGCCUCGCUCUUGUCUGUGGCCCACUGGGAAGCAUCUAGCUGUGUUGUUGGGGGCAAACUGCUUGUGAUCGUCAGUACUGCUAGUGUGUACUGAAAACAGACCUCACACCAUUUACUGCAUUUGUUUCCACUGAUCAGCACACAUAGGACCAGUGUAGCUGAAUAAUAUACAGUAUAUUGUCAGUUUGAGGUGUUAGAUUAACUGGCAGUACACAACUACAAAGUGUUGAUACUCCCAGUUAAGUAUUAUUACUUUAAUUGAAACUGAAAGUAGCUCAGCCGAAGUGUUUUUUUUUUCUUUUUUUGAGUCCAAGCAUUGGAGUAUUUGCUUUUUAUUCCUUUACAAUCUUAAAAUAUUGUUGUAUCUUUAAGAUGCAUGCAUGCACUCAAGAAUUUAUAGAUGUACAUCCUGCCAUAUUAUAUAUAUUUACAAAAUUUAAAUUCCAAAAAAAUCUCACUUGUUUCCAAUUUUCUGCUGCGAAACAAGGAGAAGCACCAAUCAUAGAACAAAAAUGACAACUAAGUUGAUAUUAGCACAAACAGCUUGGUUUAAAUGGUCACCUGGAAUAAAACAGAUGUUAAGUUACAUAUAGGGCUGGGCGAUAAAAUGCUAAAAAUAUAUAUUGAAAAUUAAUUUCCCUCAAUCUGAAUUGCUUUGUUUUGAUAAAGGGACAUUUUUAAGGAUACUAGUAGAUGGAUGCAAACCAGGAAACCUAUCCCCAGUAAGUCUACACAUGUUUAAAUUGUACUAAUGAAAUGAAUUUUUGCACAAACAGGGUUAAAAUACAGUAUUUGUCUUGUGCGGGGGACUGUUCUUCAUUAUACAAUAUGAAUAAUCUUUGCUGAAAUACUGUUUUUAAUUGUAAAAUGCAAAUAUUUUCUUCUCUUGCUUGAAUCCAUUUCUUCUAUUGCUAUAUAAUGUGUAGCAACGAAAGGAAUUCAGUUUUAUUAUGAAUAUCAGAUGAGGUCUGCAGGAGUCUAAGUGCUGUCCUAACUCUGUUAUUUUCACAUCUUCUUUAUCUAAACAGCCCAGACAUAGUCGGAUGUUGGUGACACACUGUUGUAUAUUUUUUUUCAUACUGCAUCGGCACUAGCUGAUUGAAGCCUUGGGUACGGCAUGACUCAUCCAUGAUCACCUCCAGUGGCUACCUAUAUUUAGCUGCUGCCAGAGCGGUUUGAAAGUCAACGUGAAAUUAGUUUUCGCUGUGAAUGAUUCGAUUAUUGCCCUCCUGGAUUCUCACCAAGACACUGACGUUGUUGGAAAGAUUGCUUGUGGUGUGUGUUGAGUGUCGUUAAGAUGCUCUACAUGGAACAGUCCAGUUUGACCUGUCUUGUUUGAUGUACUCCAAACAAUGUUAUUUCCUGUACUUGCUUCAUUUCACUUCCUUUAAAUCACUACUUAAACUUAGGGCAGAGGUUGUGCAAUGGAUGUGACAUCCUCUGGUUCUGCUGACUUUGCAUAAAUGCAAAUUCAGCAGGAAGAGUGAUAUAAUACAAAUCUGACAUCUGAAAUUUCAUAGGGUUGUUGUGGUGGUGCAUCCUUGUCUUACUUUUUGCAAUUGAAAGUGAAGCACAAAUAUGAAACUCUGAUUAUCUCCACAUUGGGAGAAUAUCUGCCAAUAAAUUUCCCCUUAUCUCCCAGCUGCAGACCCGGGGACUACGUCAGACUUAUGAAUUAAAUAAAGAUUCUUGGAGUAGAGAAGACAUUUUGAAAAAACCUUUUGAGACUGUAUGCAUUUAGAAAGAAAUCUGUAUAUUGAACACACAAAGGAAAUGGAUUUCAUUCCUCUGAAGUGAUAUGUUUGUGUGCAGCUCCAUUUCCAUGUGUGCAUUUCUUCAUACCCUCAACAAAGUGCAGAAAAAAAUGAGGGGAGAAAUUGGGUCAGCAGCACUCAGCUCAUUGCUGUCACACUGAUUUGCUGUGUUUUGAGUGAUUCAGGCUCUGCCCCCUUUACCCCCCACCCCCACGGUGUGGUUUUUACACUCUUUAUCAUCCUCUCCUCACCCACCUACCUUAUGCCUCCUCUUUUCACUCCCUCUGUUUUGAUCUGGCUUCAUCUGUCAAUCCACACAAUCUCUUCUAUGCUGUAGAUCUGUGCACUGCCCUACUUUGCUCUGCUCCACUCUGCAUCAUUUUCUGCUUUCCCAUUUUCACAUCAGCAGAUGUUAGCUUUGGAUUCAGGUCUUUGACUACAUGUCUGUGCGUGUCUGCUGUGGAAGUGUUUGACUAAGGGGUCUUUACCUGGAGCCUUUACGUUGUGAAGUACACUGUGCUCCAGAUGCCUUGGCUGAAAUGUUUUUUUAACACCUUUAAAACAUUCAAGUGUACUAAGUCUCGUCUACCUUUUUCUCUUUAUAGAUGAGUCCAUUUUGGCGGCGAGACAUACCCCUGUCAGAGAAUUUAGGUAAUGGCUCUCCGGUUGGCAUCCCUCCGGGGUCACCGGCCACAAUGGCCCCACAAGCACCCAACUCCUCCUGGGUACCAGAGGCCCCGGUGGUCACACCAGAAGAGCCCUUUUUCCUCAUGACUUCCACUGCUCAAACUAUAUCAGGGUUUUUUGUGUGGACAGCGCUUCUGAUCACAUGUCACCAGGUAAGAAGAAUCAGACGUUUGGAGAUGGGAGAUUAUGAUUUCAAGUCUGUUUUCAACAAAUAGAUGAUACUUGAACAGACCACCAAUGUAUGUUCUCCAGCCAUUUCCCGACCAGCCGCUAUGGCCCCCAGUCCUAAUUGGAUUUUGAAGGUUAAGUGUCUGCUGAUUCAGAAUCCUAAUCCAAUACUUGUUAUUUGGCCUAGAUAAUAGAGCUGCACACCAUUUUACUUGUUGUUCUGUUUUUGUUUGCUUAAAGAAUUUAAGACAUCUUCAGCGUAUUUGAAUCAAGUGCAGCUAAUCCUGCUGUAAAACAUAAGAUCUGUUCUACAAGCUCUGCUGUGUGAGGCUCUUGUGCAUGUAAACAUUAGACAUUUACUUGGCUGUUGCAUGUAUACUUCUUUUUAAUUACUAUAAUUUCCUCAAACUGGAUCAGGGCAUUGACUGAUCUGGAUCACUUUCAACUUUAAGGUGAAGAGACAAUCCAGUGUGCAGAGAGGCAAAGAUGUGAGAUGAACAUCCGCUGUCUGAUUGUCUGUUGGAAGAUGAGCAACAGUUGCAUCAGUUACUGUUGUCUUAUCACUGUCUGUUGCGGUUCUAGUAUUCAGAUGUUAUAUCAAAUUAGUAGUAAUGCACACAGUUGUACUUUAACCUCCUUGAGAAACUCACAACCUUCUGUUGGACAUUUUUUGCUUUCUGGUUUAAAUCCCCGCCCACCCCACCCCCACUGCGAACAUUUUAGCCAUAGGGUUGCUAAUGCUAAUAAACAGACUGUCAUGUGUUGGAUAUGUUGUGAACAUCACCUGUUGUUAUGAUGUAAAAUCAGGUGAUGGAUUUCAAGAUGUGAGUGGUGUCAUUUUAAAACAUGCUGAUGAAAACCAUCAAAUCAUCCGAUUUGCAGAAGAGGUGAGAAAAAAGCAGUGAAUAAAAAAAGAAAGAGGUUAAUAGAACUAAUAGAAAGUGAUAAGGCAUAAAAGUUAGGUGCACCAGCAAAAAGUUUAAUGCACCCACUGAAAAUGACUGAAAAACACCACAACUUCAAUAAACCUAUGUACAAUUUUUAAUGGAGGUCAACCACCACUCAGGCUUUACAACAUUAACACAUGACGGCAUCGAUCAGUGGGAAAGAAUGAUGGUGAGAAUGUGACGUGUAUUUUGCAGUCAGAUAUUUUGGAUCAAAUAGGACUUCUUUCAUUUACUGUGUAUUAUACUGUGUCCAAAAGUGACCAGUUCAGCAAGAAUAAUAGCAAAAAAAAACAUUGGUGUUUACUGAGUACACGCAGCUACAAAUAGCAAAGUCCUUUUUUCCUUUGGGCACAGGGAGUAAAAUCUAAAUGUUGCUCGUAGUCUUUCAGGUGUUACCACUGUGUUUAUUUUCCCCUUUUUCUUGAACUUCAUCGAUCAAAAGACAGUUUGUUCAGCACAAAUAGUUCCUCCACAGCCGCAGUGCAAAACAUAGACUCAUUCACACUCUAGAACACUUUUCCAUGAGACUCUGUUUACUGAGGCUAUAAAACUAAAAUAUAGUCGCCUGCCAUGUCUGCACUACAUUUUUUUUAUCAUUGACUUUACACUGACAUUAUAUUUUGAUUUAAAACACAUUUAGAAUUUAUGAUCUAAGUUGGGAAAGUUUAACACUGUAGUAAGAGGGACUUGUUUAGCUGAGAUCUACCUUAGCCACCAGUCCUCUCCUCAGAAGAUAUCCUCAAUCAGUAUGUUUACACGCACAGUUAAGAGAAGCUGAGGUUUUAUGUCCAUUAAGCAAUUUGAUUCAACUUCUGUCCAUGUUAGAGUGUCAAAGCACUGAGCAAGAAUCGAUUCAUUGACAAAGGUAUGUCCACCUCUGCUAUAGAAGGUGGUGAGAUGCCUCCUUUAAGCAGGUUACUGGAAAAGUAGUUGAAAGUGAGGUCUUGCAAGAACAUAGUAAAUUCUUUAUCAAAUGCUGCUUGUUUGUGGUACAAAGAUGGCUGUGCAUGAGGUUUGAUAUGUACAGAAACAUAACAUAACAAAGUUAACACUGAAAGAUUCCAGUUACAGAAUAAAGGAGAUAUUCUCAGUUUGUCUUCGUCUUUACAUGUCUGAGAAACCCUUUCUACCUGGAGGCUUAGGUCAAGGGUUCGUCUUCCAUUGUUGCCUGUUACUCUUCACUUACAGGGUUUAAGAUGAGCUCCCUAUCACUCUGGCAACAGGUGCCUCAGGCUCGCCUGUUACAUCAAAGAGUGAGUGGUGGGUCUGACAAUGUGUGUGCACAAGGGAGGAAGGAGGUUACCUAGCAACAAGCCCUAUGAGCUGAGUGCCCUGUCUCACUUAGUGUGUUGUCACCAACUGUUAUUUUAUCACAGGUGUGUGUCUGUUUACAUGUAGGAAAGGUGAUAGGUGGGACAUUGUGUAAGUGGAAAGGAGCCUGAUGGAGCAGACAGUCGUUCCGGUGACACAAGCCCCUCCCUGUCCUUCCUGCCUUCUGUCUACUGCUCUCAAUAGGACCGAUAACAGCCCAGUAUCAGUUACACUAAACAGCCCCAUGUGUCAGCACAUGCAUACAGCAAACAGCUCUCAGACACACAGCUCUGUGACAACUGGGGGAAAUGUGUACUGGCUGUAUUGUGACCUGUGUAGGAAGAUGAGAGCCUGAUGAGAACCACAUCCAGGUUUCAUUAGGCAGUAGUUAGUUUCAGCUAACCUCUUUAUCCUCUACACUCUGAGCUGUGGUUUCACAAUGAGAAUGAUGAAUUAGGGCAGUUUCAGGGAGACUGUGUUAUAAACACAAGGGUUUUUAAAUUCUGCAGAGCAUCCAGAUAGGUAAAAUGUGCAUGUUCUUAUUUGCCUGCACCCCUUUCUUACUGCAGAGAUUUCUUGUCACUCCCUUCUGUUUCAUUUUUUUUGCACGAGUAGCAUUACAAAGUCAAGCAUGAUCCCUUCACAAAAAAAAAGAAAAAAAGAUUCUGAUAACGUUAGUAACAACUUCAUCAUUUCAUCAGGGUGUUUUGCAAAGUCUGCCGGUUACGGGAGCCCAAGACAGACAUGCAUUUGCAUAUUUCAAUUACCCUUUUUCCAUAUGAUAGUGUAUAUUUUCUGGUUGUUGGACCUCAACUUUUUAAAUCUUGUUUUUAAUGGGAAGGCAAUAAUAACGAAGCUUGUAACCUUGUGAGAACAGGAUGAUUUUCUCAAAAUAAGAGUAGGCUUUGCAGACCAUGAUGUACCUGGUAUGUUUUGUCUGUGUUUUAAAACUCUAGAGAUACCAGUUAUGAUCAUCCUAUGUUGUGAUUUCCUAAAAACAACUGCUAUUACUCAUUAUCCCAGGUAAUCAGAGUAAUUAAAAUGUCAAGAUAUGUGCCCAGGUCUCGGAUAUCUGUCCUCAAACACUACAUUUGUUCAAAUUAAUCUCUUUUUAACCUCCUGUUUCUCUCUUUUUUUAUGCAGAUUUACAUGCACUUACGCUACUACAGUUCUCCAAAUGAACAGAGGCACAUAGUCCGGAUCCUUUUCAUAGUCCCUAUCUAUGCCUUUGACUCCUGGCUCAGCCUCCUCUUCUUCACCAAUGAGGAGUAUUAUGUGUACUUCGACACUGUCAGAGACUGCUAUGAAGGUGAGUAGACUGAGGAAGGCUUGGUGCCCUUGUAUUCUAGCUAAGACUGGAUUAUAUGCUGUUAAUACAUGGCAUGCAGACAGCAGGCUAGUAUUCACCGCAGCAGUGGGACUCACUGUUUUAUGUUGAGAUGUGUCUUUUAAAUCUCAGUAGAAUUAAGGGUGUGGGAAUUUAUGUGUUGUGAAAGCUCCGCGGCAGAUGGCCUUUUCAGUGUCUUCUUUUACAAAGGUUGCCAUCUUUGUUCUCGUGUCUCUGUGGCCUCCUGGGAUUGCAGGGGAGGGGAAACCUGUUCCUUAGCAACUGUAUGAAAACGAGCAAAAGCCUUGUGAAGACUUUUAAAGGCACCUGACUUAUCAGCAGAUAAAUUGUAAGCUUAUAGUUAAUCCGCUCUAACACGGCUCUCUCUGAGUAUUCUCUUGCAGUUUAAAAACGAGAUGUGAAGUAAAAUUUGCCGUCUUUAUUUCAUCGUCAAACGUUUCUCUGAAGGAUUACUGAAGUAAAAAUUGUAGUUACAUGUCAGAGCAGAGCUGAUUACAUGUGUUCCUGGAGGCUCAAUUAUAAACUCCAUUGUAUACAAACAUACAUUCCCUGGGUCCUGGUCAAGCCCUGGUAGAGCAGGCACCUCAUAUACAGAGGCUGCAGUCACACUGGUUGUGGGAUUGAUUCCCAGUCCUGGCAUGAUUUUGUGCUUGUCAUUUCUUCCUUUCACUCCCCAUAGUUUCUGUCUCUGUCAAACUGUCUGAUCAAGGCAAAAUAGCAAAUAUAAUAACAAUCUUUAAAAGAGAUGCAAACCUUAAUUCCCAAAAAAGUUGGAGUGUUGUGAAAGUGUUGAUUUAAAAACUGAUUUUAAUGGAUUGCAGAUCAUCCAAAGUGUUUAAUUAGUAUAGUGCAAAUAUUAGAUACCAAAUAAUGGAGGUGAGGAAUUGUAUUGUUUGAUAAAUAACAAAAGAUCAUUUUAUGGUUUAAUAACAGCAACAUACAGUAUAUAAAAAUGGUUGGGACAGGGAUAAAGAAACACGGACUUAGUUGGAAGCUAAUUAGAGUCAAUUGCAACUAGUUAGUAAAAUGACUGGGUAGACAAAGGACUUUCCUGAAAGGCUAGGUCUCUUAGGAGUAAAGAUGUAAAAAGAUUGGGCCCUUUGUGAGAGAUCGUGUUAGCAAAUUGUUCUGCAAUUUCAGAAUAAAUGUACCUCACCAGAAAACUGACAUAACUUUGGAGUUUAUAACAUCUGAGGUACAUUAAAACCUGUAAAGACCAUGCCAAAUCUCUGCAAAAGAGAAAAAGGUAAUAACUAAUUCUGGAUGGCAUUGAUCUUCUGUGAUCACUGCAUAAAAACUGUGUGGUGGAAGUCACUGCAUGGGCUCAAAAUCACUUCAAAAAAAUGCCUCCUAUGAACACAGCUAGUUGCUGCAUCCACAAACGUUAGUUAAAGAAACUCCACCAUACAAAGAGGAAACAAAACAGAAAUGAUCCAGAAAUGCAGGGUCCCUUCUCUGGAACAAAACCCACACAAAAUGGACUGAAGUGGAAAACUGCCCUGUGCUCUGAGGAAGCAAAAUUCGAUGUUCUUUUUGGGAAUAAGGGACACAAUGUGGUCGGCGAUAGAGAGGAGUGUCCAUGGGAUGUGUAGCUUAUAAAUCUAGGAAGACACCAUUGAACCUGAACAAUACCAAGAGGUUUUGGAGCAACACAUGCUGCCAUCCAGACAAUCCCUUUGUCAGAAGAGACCUUGAAUCUUUCAGCAAGGAUGGUGGCAAACCGCUUUCUGAAAAAACUGCAAUAGCAUGACUCUGUAAUAAAAGAGUCAAGAAGAAAACCCAGCUAGACUGAAAUCUCAAUGUCACACAUUAAAAACAUUUGGCACAUCAACAAAGGAGACAGAAAAGUGUAGAACAGCUGAAAUCCUACAUUAAACAAUAACAUGUUCUGAAUAUUGUCUUAGUCUUAAAUAGUCCUAAAUUCGAAUUUUGAGAAUGGUAAAAGAAAAACAGGAGUCUUGUUCUUUUGGAUGUCUUGAAUUGUACUUGAGAUAUGUCUCAAUUCUUUAUCAAAUUUACACUAUCCAGAAAGCGUUAUAUGACAUGUUGUUUUUCUUUUAAAAGUCUCCAAAAUGAUUACAAAGAGUGUGCAGCACCUGUGUAUCUGUCAGGUGCUAAAACAACCAGUAAAGAUGGCUGCAUUGAUAUGACAGAUCAUGUAUUAGAUUGGUCCAUUGGGCAGGACACGGGGGGAUUACAGACACACCUGCUGUUACAUCACCUGAGGCCCACGAUGCUGUGAGAGAAUAAUACAAAGCAUCAUAAGUGACACCCUGAUUUUGAUCUCUGUGUGCGGUACCUUGGUAACACAUUACAUGUAAGAAUAUCACAGCUUUCGAUGUGCAUAAUAUCUGUCUUUUUGUUUUGAAGCAUCUGUAUUAUAUAACACUAUUGUGUAGCAGUUGGAUGGGACAAUAAGCUGUCUCUAGAAAUCAGAUUUCCCAAACAAGGCUUUAACACCACACCUUAGAGUUUAGCUCAGACCUUCACCCUCUGAAUCAUUAUCCAGGGAUAAGCACAAGAACAGGUUUACCCCUAUAGAAACAGACCAGCCUUUACAUCAAAUCCAACAAAUUGAAAUAUUCAGACAUCAAGAAUAAAAACUGUAUUAUAACUAAAUAAAAAACGUAAUUUGUUUUUGCUCUCUGUGUCACAGCCUUUGUCAUCUACAACUUCCUGAGUCUGUGUUACGAGUAUCUGGGAGGAGAGAGCGCAAUCAUGGCAGAGAUCAGAGGAAAACCUAUUGAGUAAAUUUUCUUUCAGUCUUUUCUCCCUUAAUUAUAAAACAGUUAAUUAAGUUUUUUUGAUAAGAUGUUUUACAGCUAUAUGUGUGUCAACCUACCUUUACCUCAGGUCCAGCUGUGUGUAUGGGACCUGCUGUCUAUGGGGAAAGACCUACUCCAUUGGAUUCCUCAGGUUUUGCAAACAGGUACAAACCAAAUGAUGAAUAUGAUGAUAACGGGUGAUUGUUUCAAACUGAGACAAAUGAAGAGUUAGUGGAUGUUUUAUCAUGUUGACCACAAAUUCAUGUGGACUUGAUUGUACUGUUCUCCUGUCAUCCCCUGGUACAGUUUUUCAAAUUCUGAUUAAAAGCUACUGCCAAAACAAUCAGCCAAUAGGAGUGAGUUAAAAUUCAGUUAAAGAUGAAACUCAAACCAACGGAGUUAAGUUAAAACUCUCACCCUUUAAAAUGAGUUUUUAAGCGAGUUUUACAAGAGCAUAAGGAACGAAUAGUAAACCCUGGUAGUAUUGCUCACCCAGUGUUUCUCAUGACAAUAUUUAUCUACUAUUCAUCUUCCUUGUUUUCGAUCCUCAGGCAACUCUCCAGUUCUGUGUGGUGAAACCUCUUAUGGCGGUCAUUACUGUCAUUCUUCAAGCCUUCGGGAAAUACAGAGAUGGAGACUUUAAGUAUGUUUCCACAACGCACACUCCUCCCUGAGAACUGAUCGAUCAAACCUAUUGAAUUGAAGGAUUUGUGUCUGUAGUGCAGAGAAAAGUUUCCUCUUUCCUUCUCCUUCAGAUGUUUGACCUCAGUCACAUCCUUUCUUCUUUGUCUUCUUUCAGUGUGGCAAGCGGCUACCUGUAUGCGACCAUCAUCUACAACAUCUCCGUCAGCCUGUCGCUCUACGCUCUCUUUCUCUUCUACUUCGCCACACGAGAGCUACUUGUCCCAUACAACCCAGUGCUCAAGUUCUUCAUGGUCAAGUCAGUCAUCUUUCUGUCCUUCUGGCAAGGUAAAAAAAACACCAUUGAGCUUUUAAAUGCACACACUCACGUACCUUGAUUGCUUCUCAUAAUUUCAAACAGCACUGGAUAUGUGUUUUUCAUCCAAAUAUUGUGUAUAUUGUUUUGAUUUGUUUUUCAGGUUGUGAAAAAAGUAAGAAACUGUAGUUGUAUUCAUUUGAUUGUGCUAGUGUUCAUGUAGAGGCAGCAAAAAAACAUAUUGUAAUCAUAGUUAGCUUUGUUUCGUGCAUUAAUUUUACUUCCUUCCAUGCUAUAACAAAAUUUGGUAAUUAGUGUGCUUCUUGAUGAAGUGCUGUGACUUCAAGAUUUUCUGUUGCACUGCCAGAAACAAUUUCAGAAACAAGUUAUUCUAUAGUUUUGUGAUACUUAGACAAAGUUUUUGGGUCCCCACUUGGGUUUUCUGUCAUUUCAUUCAUACAACAGUGUGCCUAUCAUCUGUAAGAAGAUCCACCUUUUUUCACACCCUUUAUGUCUCUGUGCACCUCAGGGAUGCUGCUGGCCAUACUUGAGAAGUGCGGAGCGAUCCCUCAGAUCAACUCGGCUGAUUUCUCUGUGGGCGAGGGAACAGUAGCAGCUGGGUACCAAAACUUCAUCAUCUGCAUUGAGAUGUUCUUUGCUGCCAUUGCUCUGCGCCACGCCUUUACCUAUAAGGUCUACAUGGACAAACGACUGGACUCUUACGGUGAGUGGGAGUGUAAAUGUGCUGGUUUAAGUGUGUAUGUCUUGGUGUCAUUUUAAUGGGUCUCAACUUGAUAAGUAAAUAAUGAAGUGAGUAUAAUGGUUAUGUUAGACUGUGUGUUAUAACCUGUGUACUUUUUAUACAGAUUGAUUUCUGCACUCUGACUGAAAGGAUCUGAGUCUCAGUUUAUGACUUUCGCUGUAUUCUCACAUGAACCUGAUGGGCUGUGAUUUGCUUUCAUGAUCCCCUGUACUCUGCAAAAUUCAAAACUUGAAAUCAGGCUGCUAUUCAGCUCGACUUCAGAGUCACUUAUGCAACCUGAAAAUAGGGUUGCUUUUUUAUUUUGUUUACAGUAUGCUUCACUUUCAGCGCCUCAGACCGCGGUGGAUUUCACACAUGAUUUGCAUAUGUGAAGAACUUUGACAUGCUACAUAAACUCUAAAUAUUCGUGUUUUCUUUCCAAGUUCCUUCAUUUUCAUCCUGACUCUCUUGUAUUCCUUCCCUCUGUUUCUUUCUUCUCUCUGCUUCUCCAUUCUUCUUCCCCGUGCUGCACUAAUAGGCUCAUUUCCAAUCUAUGGACAGUAUGGUAGGUCUGAUAUUAGCUGUGUUUGCUACAGUUUCAGUUUUCCCCCCAUCACAGUGCUUUUUUAGAAGUCUCUUGUUGGUUGUUGUGUUUGUAUGUCCAUUAAUUUGAUUUUAUAUUUCAGUUCAGCGUAAAGGCUGUCACGUUUGGUGUCCUUGUGCUUCUUUUUUUUCUGUCAGCGAAUUUUUUGAAUAUAUUGUUUUGUCAUCUCUCCACUCACUGUGUUGUUCUGUUUGUGAUACCACCCCAGACCCAGUGGUCCCUUUCCCAUUCACUCUCCCCACAAGCAAAAACUAGAUUUCAAAAGUAGUCUUGGUUGCAAUGUUGUGUUAUUUUUAUGAUCAAAGUUUGCUGAACUAUUUUUGAAAUUUCCAAAACAUACUUUGGAUUUUAUGUGUAGUUUCAGCUAGUACGCUAGAGCUUGAUGAGGUGGUUUCAUUGGACUACUGUUCUUGUCAGUGUGGAAGCACCUGAUGAGAAUCAGUUAACUGAUAAAAGUAUGUCUGCUUCCACUGCAAUAGGUGGCGAUACGCUCCUUUCUGGUUACAAUUGGACCUUCAUCCAGUUGACCUACUAUACCACAUACCAAAACAAUCAACAAACAAGUUAGCGAGGCUAACUGGUUUUUAGUGUGUUAGUUUGACUUCGAGAUAUACAACUUGGUGUGAUUUUAGUUAGCCUAAACCUUUUACAUUUAAUCUAAAAGUAAAAUUUUAACUCAGCUUAAGCAGUAAACCAAUUUAUGUGAUAUCAUGUAUGUAAAUGUACCGAGUCAUAUCAUUACUCAUUGAUCACCUUCACCUGUCCCUCCCUAUCCAUCCAUCCAUAAAGCUAUGUUUUUUUUCUAAUAUAACCUGACUUCUCUACUCCUUCAGGUCGCUGUGCCCCAAUGAAGAGCAUCUCCAGCAGCCUGAAGGAGACCAUGAAUCCCGGGGACAUGGUCCAGGAUGCCAUCCAUAACUUCUCCCCAGCUUAUCAGCAGUACACCCAGCAGUCCACACUGGAACGAGGCGGAGGGCCUGCCCUCUCCCGCAGCCACAGCAACCUCAGCACCCGCGGGGACAACGAAAAGACCCUGCUGCUUAGCUCUGAUGACGAGUUUUAAGACUCCAACACACACUCAGAGGCUUGAUCUACUCAUGUAGCCAGUAUGUUUUUAUCGACUCUGUGACACAGAUUAAAUCUUAAGGAGAAGAUCUGUUUUCCUACUUGCUCAUUUUCAUGUCAGACUUUUGAAAAUAUGGUGAAAAGUGUAGAAAGGAAGGAGUGUGUUCAGUCGGAAAAGAGAUAGAAUUGCUGCAGAAAAGAGGGUUGAAGUUGUUGCAAAUUCAGCAUGGAAGGAAAGAAAUGAAGGAGAUAAGGACAUUAGGUGUUUUCAUUAAUUAGUCUGAUUGAUGAUAUGAGAGAGGCUGUAACUGACAGAAAGUUUAUUUCUAUAUUCCUUCUUUGAAUAUGGUUUAGUAAAAUAACUGUGCCUGCAUACAGCGUCCUUUUGCUGCACUAUCAAUACCACAGCAAAAAAGACAAGACAGAUCCAAGCAAAAAGUGCCAUCUUCAUCUCAAACACAUGGCCUCUUUCAUAUUCUAGUUGUUUUUUUGUUUUGUUUAGUUUUUUUGUACCACCUUUCAGUCCGUGCUCUUCUUCACUCUUCUGCCAACUCUGCCUCGUACCGAAACAUUGCCAAAUAGAGGGAGUGUUACCCUGUGUUGACUAAAUGAGACACACUGUCUUAAGAUGUAGAAAGGAAGGCACCUUUAGAUUUUCAGGCUCCUUUUUAAUAUAUAAGACUUCAAUCACAUUUUUGUAAAGUUGUAUGACCUUAAAGAUAUAACUCAUUUAGAGAACUAGUUUGUUGGAAAUUUGUUAUUCCAGAGAUGUUCUAAAUAUUCUGUGUUUGUUUAUGUUUGUAAGUGACUCAAGAGUGCAAUUGGUAUGAAAGCAGCUGUCGGCCUGGCAGUCUCCUCGCAGAGUGUAACUGAGGGAACAGCUGUAGUAGAGAUUUUAGAGUGGACACAGAGACUGAUGGAGGGACAACACCCACACAGAUUACAGAUUACAGGAGAAGCAGCACUUCGCUACAGAGCCUGCCCAGCUGUGAUGUGCUGUGGAGCGUAAUCCCAUAAUGAAAGGAAUUACAUGGCGCACAGAUCAGGCCUGCCUCUGCUGGUACUAUAAUGGCAUCGCUGCUGUUCUAGUGAGUGAGUUAUGAUGGUCAUAACAACAAAAAGUAAACUUGGAUCAGUGCAAGCAGGGCUUUAAAUGUGACAGUGUUAAAGGGACAUCUAAGCAUAAAAUACAGGAGUGUGAAAUGAUGGAAUGAUCACGGACCAUCUGGUUUCUGUUUUUUGGAGGUAAACAGAAACCACCCGACUGUUUAUUGUUCUGACAUUACCAGCUGAGGAGAUCCAUUUGACAGAUGCUGUCUUUAAAUGAUGGAUCAUUAUUUCCUGUAAUGUUGAAUGAGACCAUUUAGUUUCGAACACUGUUUGAUUGAGGCUGUAUGAUCCCAUGGAUGAAGAAAGCAGCUUAAUCGAUUACAAUGAUGAGUCAGGUGUUUCAUUUUUAACUUUUCAAGGGUUAAAAAUCGAGUUUUUAGCUUUGAAUGCUACCCCACAUCCUUGCUUCCAGUCCCUAUCCUAAACAAUUAAUGAAUCACUUUUCUUUUUGUCUUUCUUGAACCAGUAAUGCUGCAGGCAAAGGCAAGCUUCAGUGACUUUUUUAUAUACAUAUAUACACGUUAAAUUGAUUUAGUGGUAUUGAAAGAGUGAAUUUCAUUGCCUUAUACUCUGCCUUGAUGUAACAGCAUAUCAAACUUGAGCGUAUUGAUGAUACAAAAACACUGAAACUUUUGUUUUGAUUCCACGUGAAACAAAGACUGUAUGUUAAAUACAAAGCUUAAUAUUUUAAAUUGGUAAAUAUUAUACCAGAGAGGAAAGAAUGUUGUAAAUAGAGUUAAUCUAAGCACUGCACAUCAGUCAUGACUAUGACGGUAUAUGGCAUAGCUUGUUUAGUGCUUAAGUGGAAUAUUUUAAUUCUCAGAUAUUCUCAUGUUUUAUUUCUGUUGUAUACUUUUUUUAAUAUGUGUAUUGGUAAUAUUAUUUCAUGUUUUGAUGCUAUAUUGGUUUCUAUUGAUGUUUCAAGGAAAUAAAAGACAAUGCAAAGAUGUGUUUGUUUCUUGUUACAAUUAAAGGAAAAAUACUGCUCAUCACUGUGAAAAA